ACCGGCUGGCCGAGGAACGAUUGUUCCGCGCUCGGCCAAAACCGAAUUCGUCCGACUGAUGUCUCGGCCAAUGCUUCAAGCCAUCCGGCCGAUCACGCAGUACGACCCGGGAUACAUUGUCCCGCGGUCGGCCAAGUUUCAAGCAACCACGCCAAGCCGCGCACGACCAAGGCGCGCGACCCGGGAAACAAAGCCGCACGGCCGCGCAACUCGUUCCGCGUACCACGGCCGAUGCACUCGUCCGACCAGGGGAAGAUCGACCCACGUCCGGCCGAGAUCUUUUCCAGCGAAUGCCAUCACUUUCGUGUGGGGAGUCGCCUAA